AUGUUUGGACUCAAUAGGUUUCAGCUGUUUUGUCUGGCGUACAUCACGUUUGGUUCUGCUUUCUAUGGAUACGACUCCGGAAUCACCACGUCAGUGCUCGGCUACUCGAGCUUCCUGACUUACUUCAACCUGAAUGCGAACACUAUUGGAGCCUUCAACUCGGCGUACUAUGCUGCGUGUGCGGUUGGCAACAUUGCCAACUGGUACCUGCCUGACAAAUUCGGACGAAUACGGACUCUACAGUUUGCGUGUCUCCUGAACAUCCCCGCCAUUGUCUUGCAAACUGCUGCCGUCAAUUUUGGAAUGUUUGUGGCCGGCAGGGUCAUUGGCGGCCUCGCUUGCGGCAUUGUGUUUGCAUUGUGCCCAGUCUACGCCAGCGAGAUUGCACCGCCGCAUAUCCGAGGCAGGAUUGGUAUGAUCUAUGCCAUGAACGUCUCUAUCGGCUACGCCGUCACAGAGUGGAUAGGUCUUGGAUUCUAUUUCAUCAAAGGCAACACCUCGUGGAGAGUCCUGUUCGGUCUCCAGGCAGUCCCGACUCUGGUGAUGGGUAUAUUCUCCUUCUGGAUGCCACGCUCGCCUCGAUGGCUGGUCAUGAAAGGACAUUACGACGAGGCCAAGUCUGUCUUGAAGCUCAUCCACGGUGGCUUGCACCAUGACGACACCUUCUACGAACGCGAGUUCCACCAGAUCAAGGCCCAGAUCCAACUUGAUCAGGACGAGCAACUCGGUCUCAAGGACAUCUUCCUCAAGCCAUCCUAUCGCAAGCGGGUGCUUCUUGUCAUGAACUUCUUCCUCUUCCAACAACUCACGGGCAUCAUCCCCCUCCAGAAUUAUCAAGUUUUCAUCUACCAGAUCUGCGGUUUCGACGCGGUCAUGUCCCUUGUGCUGGUGGGCAUCUGGGGCACCGUCGUCAUCAUUGCAGUCGCCUGCAUGUCGCCUUGGUUCGACCGCAUUGGCCGCCGGUCAUCGGUCUUCCUGGCCUACAGCUUCAUCAUCCCAGGAGCCCUGCUGAUUGUCAUCAUGUGGGCUCGAUUCGAAGCCGGCGGCAGUAAGGACCUGGGUGUGGCCAAGGGCAUCAUCUUCGGCAUGUUCUUCCUCGUUUGGGGUUAUGGCGGUAUUCUCAACACUUUUGCUCCGUGUUACUCCUCGGAGAUCAUGCCGACCUGCAUCCGGGCAGCGGGUGUCGCAUGCGGCUACGCCACGUUCAACUGCAUCGUCAUCCUCCUCGUGCAAGUCACGCCCUUGGCCCUCGAGCACAUCUCGUGGAAAUACUUCCUCAUCUUCGUCAUCUGCGACUUCAUCUUCAUCGUCAACUUCUACUUCUUCUACCCGGAGACAAAGAACAAGACACUCGAGGAGAUCGAAGCCAUCUUUGGCGACCGCAUCGCCGAGACAUUCGAGGAGGCUGGCCAACGCUUCCAGGAAGAGAAAGAGAAGACACACGUCGUGGAGCACAAGGAAGUCUGA